GUAACAUGUUUUACUGCAGGUCCGGGAGGCGUUUGAGGAUGUAGCUGUGUAUUUCACACAGAAGGAGUGGGAGCUGCUGGAAGAUGAAGACAAGGUGCUUUACCAGGACCAGAUGCUGAAGAAUUACCAAGCUCUUGUUUCCCUGGGAUAUCGAGGUCUCACACCUGCCCUAAUCUGCAGCAUCCAGCAAGGACAGGUGGAGCUCUGGGUCUGUGAUGAUGAGGACCAUGGAGAAAUCUCAAGAUCAGAGGACCUGCUGUCAGGAAGUGCCUGGCUGUUGAGCAGAGCUGAGGAUCAGCAUCCUGUGGAAGGGUCUGCAAUACAGAAUUCCCCAGGGAACUUCAAUGAGAUGGAUUACCUGAGACCUGAGAAGGAGCAACGGUACAAGAGUCAGGAGAGGCCCCAAAAGCAGAAGAAGAACAUAGCAAAGAACCAGGUACCAUCUCUGGUUGAGUGUGAGAGUGGAGAAGGGGCAGGGAAAAACUUCAGACAAUCCUCUAGCCUUGCCUGGCAUCAGCUAGUCCACCCAGGGGAGAAACCAUAUCGAUGUCUGAAGUGUAGGAAAAGCUUCACCCAAUACACCUACCUGGUCCGGCACCAACUUAUCCACACAGGAGAGAAGCCACAUAGGUGCUCAGAGUGUGGGAAGAGCUUCACCCACUCCUCCGGCCUCGCUCAGCACAAGCUUAUUCACACAGGGGAGAAGCCACAUCGAUGCUUGGAGUGUGGGAAGAGCUUCACCCGAUCCUCUGCUCUGGGCCUGCACCAGCUUAUCCACAUGGGGGAGAAGCCACAUCAGUGCUCUGAGUGUGGGAAGAGCUUUGCACAAUCCUCCUACCUGACCAAGCACUGGCUCGUCCACCAGGGGGAAAAACCAUAUCACUGCUCAGAGUGUGGUAAAAGCUUCACCCGAUCCACCUACCUGGCCCAGCACCAGCUUAUCCACACAGGGGAGAAGCCACAUCAGUGCUCGGAGUGUGGGAAGAGCUUUACCCACUCCUCUGCCCUGGGUCAGCACAAGCGUAUCCACACAGGACAGAAGCCCCAUCGGUGCUCAGAGUGUGGGAAGAGCUUCACCCACUCCUCUGCCCUGUCGCAGCACAAGCUUAUUCACACGGGGGAAAAGCCGCAUCGGUGCUCUGAGUGUGGGAAGAGCUUUGCACAAUCCUCCUACCUGAUCCAACACUGGAUUGUCCACAUGGGGGAGAAACCAUAUCAGUGUUCGGUGUGUGGGAAAAGCUUCAAACGAUCCUCUAACCUGGCCCGGCACCAGCUUGUCCACACGGGGGAGAAGCCAUAUCAGUGCUCUGAGUGUGGGAAGAGCUUCACUCUGUCUUCCUCCCUGGUCCGGCACCAGCUUAUCCACACGGGGGAGAAGCCACAUCGGUGCUCGGAGUGUGGGAAAUGCUUCACCCAAUCCUGCCAACUGACCAAGCACCAGCUCAUCCAUACGGGAGAGAAGCCACAUCAGUGCUCAGAGUGUGGGAAAAGCUUCAACCGAUCCUGUACUCUGGCCCAACACCAGCUUAUUCACACAGGGGAGAAGCCACAUCGGUGCUCGGAGUGUGGGAAGAGCUUCAACCGUUCCUCCAAUCUGGUCCAGCACCAGCUUAUCCACAUAGGGGAGAAGCCACAUCAGUGCUCCCAGUGUGGGAAGAGCUUCAUCCUGUUGUCCAGCCUGACCAAACACUGGUUCACCCACAUGGGGGAGAAGCCACAUCAGUGCUCGGAGUGUGGGAAGAGUUUCACCCGAUCUUUUGACCUGUCACGGCACCAGCUCAUCCAUACAAAGAAGAAACCACAUCAGUGCUCAGAGUGCAGGAAGUGCUUCCUUCAUGCCUCCAAACUGGCCCAGCACCAGUGCAUCCCUAUCCGGGAUUGUCCAUAACUGUAUGCAGUACUGGAAGGGCUUGGGGAUGCAUACCUGCUUAGCACUUACCAGUGUCUGCAACCAGGGAAGCAAGGAUGGCCUCCCAGGUUAGAUGCAGGUGAGGGGUUAAAAGAAACACCUCAGGCAGAGACCAACCCAGAUGCUGGGGGAACUUGUGAGGAGAUGAUCUUUGCAGCAGCCGUGGAGCCUGUUCUAUCCCCAUCCUCUAAAAGCAGCCAGUGCUCCUAGCGGGAGAAGUGCCUUCACAAUAGGCCCCUUCCCCAAGACAGCUGGCUCCAAAUGACAUCCAGGGACUGUCUUUGGUCGACUCCCAGCUUCCACUUCCAGCCUGGUACCAGGUUUCUUGUAUGUGAGGCUGUAGAGUUGUAGGAAGGAGGACAUUUAUUUCUAGGGAACCAUUCCUUUCCACCCUGACCAUACCUUUCCUCCCCAUGGCAUCACCCCUCUCCCAGGCCUGCACAUGUCCAUUGGGGUCUGUAGGAAACUGCUACUGCCACCCCAUAAGCCCAGUUUCUCAGGUUUUGCUUCUCAGCCCCUCAUCAGAACUGCACCGCCAAGUGUGAGCUGCUCCCAUCCUCUGCCCUCCCCGCCCCCCCUGUGCUGUGCCUUCCUUCUCUUCAUGCCAUUCUCUGAGUGGGGACAAUAUAAAAGCAUCCUCUGAGUGAAAUGCAGCAUGUUGUAAUCUCCCUUUGGGAAUACUGAGGCUUCCCUGCUACUGCCAAAGCC